GACAAAUGAACCGAAUAAUGAAAUUUUUUUGUUUACAAAUUAGUGAAUUACAAUUUUCAUUUAUUUUACAAUACUGAUUAUAUAUCAUAUACAAAAUAUUGAAUUAGUAUUCUACCUUACUCUCACUUUGUUUUUGAAUCUUUAGUAUUUAGACUCCUGUUCGUAAUAUAAUCUUUACAUAUACUGUCCUUAUUUUUGUUUACUUAUCAAUAUAUAUAUUUUUUAAAUAUGUGGAAUGGAAAAGUAUUAAAGUUAUUAACAAAUAAAACUCUAAAACAUUCCAUCCUAUACAAAAGAAUAACACGACUAAUAUCAGUACAAACACAGUGUUUACAACAGCGAGCAGAAGUGCUAGAUAAUUUAAAGAAUAAACAAAAUGUGGCUAAUAUUCUUCAAGAUAGUAGCUCCUUCACGUAUAGAUCCCACACAUGUGGUGAGUUAAGACAAUAUCAUGCAGGGGAAAAAGUUCUUCUUUGUGGCUGGGUCCAGUUUGUACGGCUCUCAAAGUUUCUUCUUUUAAGAGACUCAUACGGUCUUACACAGUGUGUUGUUAGUAAUCCUGAUAUCUCUAUAUCCAAUAUACCUCUCGAGACUAUUGUAAAAAUUGAAGGAACAGUAAUAUCAAGACCAAAUGAGAUGAUCAACAAAGCCAUGGAGACAGGAGAAAUCGAGGUGACCAUAGAAAAUUUAGAUAUCUUAAAUACAGUUGAUAAGUUACCUUUUAAUUUACGAGAGUAUCAAAAACCUAAGGAACAAAUGAGAAUGCAAUACCGCUAUAUUGAUCUAAGGUUUCCUGAAAUGCAGUACAAUUUGAGAAAGCGCUCCCAAAUGUUGCAUAACAUGAGGAAAUUUCUUAUAGAGAAACACAACUUCUGUGAAGUAGAGACUCCAACAUUGUUUUGCCGCACUCCAGGUGGCGCUAGGGAGUUUGUUGUUCCAACACACCAUCAUGGUAUGUUCUACUCACUAGUACAAAGUCCCCAACAAUUUAAACAGAUGCUUAUGUCUGGUGGGGUUGACAGAUACUUCCAGUUAGCCAGAUGCUAUAGAGAUGAGGCUACAAGACCUGAUAGACAGCCUGAGUUCACUCAACUUGAUAUUGAAUUGUCAUUUACAUCACAAGAUGGAAUAUUGUCACUGAUUGAACAAUUACUCUAUGAAACUUUCAUCAAAGAGUUACCUAAGCCACCAUUUUUAAGAAUGACAUAUAAAGACUCCUUAGAAAAGUAUGGAACAGAUAAACCCAACUUAACUUAUGACCUUCAGUUAAAAAAUGUAACAAAUAUAUUUAGUAAAAGUAAUGAGGAUUUUGGAGCUUAUAUAAUUCCUUAUCCAAUUUUAUUUGGUAAACUGACAACAAAGUAUAAAGAGAAAAUUAACGAAUUGAAAAAGAAGUACAAUGUGAAAGUUGUAUUAAAUGAAAAUAUAAUAAAAGAAUUUGGUGUAGAUACUUGUAAUAGAAUAAAAGAUAAAAUAGGUCAUGACCAUUCUUGUGUAUUGGCAAUUGGUAAUGCGGAAAAUGUGUGUUUGUGUUUGGGUGAUAUAAGACAAUUAUUAGCACCUUUAUUGAAGUCCAAGGAACUUUUGAUUAUUGAAGAUAAAAUGACACCAUUAUGGGUAGUUGAUUUCCCAUUAUUUAUCAAAGGUGAAUGUGGACUGGAGACAUGUCACCAUCCAUUCACAGCCCCACAUCCAGAUGACAUACAUUUGUUAGAAACGGCACCAUCAAAGAUGAGAUCACUUGCAUAUGAUUUAGUUUUGAACGGCAAUGAAGUAGGUGGUGGCUCAAUACGGAUACACAAUGUUGAGCUACAGGAAAGAGUUUUGCGGUUGUUGAAUAUAGAUGCCAGUUCAUUGACACAUUUCUUAAAUGCAUUGAAGAGUGGCUGUCCACCUCAUGGAGGUAUAGCUCUCGGUAUUGACAGAUUAGUGUCCAUUGCUUGUGGGGUGGAGUCAAUCAGGGAUGUUAUAGCAUUUCCAAAGUCCCAUGAGGGCAAAGACCCAUUGUCGGGUGCACCAAAUACUAUCAGUGAUGAAGAUAAGAGAUAUUAUCAUAUAAAAAUAUCUGACUGAAUAUUAAUAAAACUAGUAAGAUUAUUACCUAGUUUUUAGUACCUAUUUAUUUAAAUUUGCUUUAUUUUUUACUUCGACUGUAUAGAUACAAAUGUUUUCAUUAUUGUAAAAGUCUCACACUUGUAAAUAUGUCUUGAUAAGCAUCUAGAAAUUGUAAAUGAAUAAUUUUUAGUUUAUUAAAAUGCUUAACAAAAUAUA